CGAUUAUAAAAAUAGAAUCCCCACUGUGCUAUAAUUACACAUCGAAAAUCAAGUGGUAGAACACUAUAAAUAGGUCAUUGUAUGCAAUAUGAGCGAUUCUCGUGAUGACAAAAAUGACUAUACAGUUUUUCAAAAAUAUUGUGAGAAAGCCAUCGGGCAAUUAUCCGAAGAAUGCAUACAGAGUUUCAAGGAAACAACAGACGAAGGUUCCAGGAUAGUGUUAUUGUAUCAAGCAGCCACCAAAAUACCAAUAACUAUAAUUGAACUGAAUGGUAAAAAUUUUGAGGUUUCUCAAGAGCAAAAAACCAAAGGAAACUCGUACUUCGCCAAAAAGGAUUACGCAAACGCUCUGAAAGCCUACAAUGAAGGGAUUAUUAAGUGCCCGCAAAAUACAGACGAAAGCAGAGAAUUAUUAUCAAUUCUAAUAUCUAACCGAAGUGCCACUUACUUUGAACUAAAAGAAUAUAAAAAAGUAUUCAACGAUAUUGAUUAUGUUCUGGAAAUAGGUAACUACCCAGCUCAUUUAAAGUAUAAAAUAUGGAUAAGGAAAGCAAAAUGCUACGAUGCCUUACAAAACGAAAGAUUAUCUUCAGAAGCGUACGACGAAGCAUUAAAAAGUCUAAAAUUUAGCAAACUCGAUGAAAGAUCUAUCGAAACGAAAAUAAAUGAGAUAGAAAAAGCUAGAGAUACGAAAAUCGAAUUCGCUACUAAAAACGAGUUAGUGCCAGUAGAUGAGGCGGAAGUGUUUGAAGGCGAUAAUGAAUACAUAGCAGCACAUUUUAAAGUUAAAUUUCAACAAGAUGCCUAUCAAGGGAGGUACGCAAUCGCCGAAGAUAAUAUAGAAGCUGGUACUAUUAUCGUGGAGGAAAAUGCUCAUUGCGCUGUGGUGGACACCAAACACGCUUUAACUAAUUGCCAGUAUUGCUUCACAGCUGUGGAACAGCUCGUAGCUUGCCCCACAUGUUCUAACGUCGUUUUCUGCAGCACGAUCUGCGAAAGAUUAGCCAAUAAGACGUUUCAUAAGAUCGAAUGUCCAAUCCAAGCAUCGUUGUACUCUUCCGGGGCUUCGGUUAAUUGUUUUCUAGCUUUGAGAAUAGUAAGUCAGAAGCACUUCUCCUAUUUUAACGACAAAAAGAAUAAACUUAAAGACUAUCUCAACGACCACUGCAAGAAAAAUAUCAUUAAGAAAAAAACAUACCGCUACGAUGAUUACGACAACGUAUUUUUUCUCUGCAGAAACGAAGCUAACAGAAAAAGAGAAGAACUGUUACAUUUUAGCUGUAUGGCAAUAUUUUUAUUGCGACUACUGAAGUUCGCUAAAUAUUUUCCUUUCGAAACCGUGGACGAAACUCUCAAAGACGACGAAGUUUAUUUCGGAAGCCUACUUCUCAGACACCUACAACUAUUACAGUUUAACGCCCAUGAAGUAUCAGAACUUAGAAAUAUUGAUAAAUCUCACGAAUUCGAAGACUUAAUGACUAAGUAUGAAAAUGCAGCUAUCGGAGCUGGACUAUACCCAACAUUAGCACUUUUUAAUCACUCUUGCGAUCCAAGCAUAGUAAGAUAUAAUAUAAAAAGUAAGAUGGUAGUAAGAACAAUAAAGCCAAUAAAGGCUGGAGAAAUCAUAUACGAAAAUUAUGGACCUCUCUAUACGAGCACGCAGAUGGAAGAACGGCAAAAGAUCCUCCAAAACAAUUAUUGGUUCGAAUGUCUGUGUACACCAUGUGUAGAAAGAUGGCCAAUGUACAAAGAGAUGAAGGAAAACGAAUUGAGAAUUCCUUGUAAAACUCCUCGAUGUCCGUUUGUAUUCUUGUUAGAAGGAGACGACGAUCCCUACUUCACCUGCGAGUUUUGUAAAUCCAUCAAUUGCAUAUUACCGAAUUUGAAAGGUCUCAUGGUUCUAGACGAAAUUCUACCAGAAGCCGAAAAUUUAUUCAAGUUGGGACAAUUGCAGGCUGCUAUGAAAAAAUUUAUAAGUGGAUUAGAAAUAUUGUUUAAAUUCACCAAACCGCCGCAUCCAGAAAUAAUUAAAGUCCAGCAGAGAAUAAGAAGUUGUAUGGUCCAUUUGGGAAACAAGGCAUUUGACUAUAAAACUGAUUUGUUAUAAAUUGUACUCAAAGGAAA